UUUGUCCUUAUGACAAAUUGACUAUAUGGUGAGUAAUUCGAAGGAAUAAAGUGCAGAGAGGAGGCGUUGUGGUUUUGUUCCGUCGGAGUUGGUAGUUGGCAGUGGCGUCUAAAUCAGUAACAUGUCACUUCUCAAUCAACUCUUUAGCAGAGGCGUUUUUUCCACUCGAUGCAAAACAUGCCUGAACCUCGCAAUUUCACGCAUGAAGCUGUUACAAAACAAGAGAGAUGUUCAACUGAAACAAAUGCGCAAGGAGAUAGCUCAAUUUUUGCAGGCUGGCCAAGAACCAAUUGCUAGAAUUCGGGUGGAGCAUAUCAUACGAGAACAGAAUAUAUGGGCUGCAUAUGAAAUAUUGGAGUUAUUCUGUGAAUUUGUCCUUGCACGUGUACCUAUAAUCGAGAACCAGAAGGAUUGCCCACCUGAAUUGCGAGAAGCCAUUGCAAGUAUAAUUUUUGCUGCUCCUAGAUGUUCUGAUAUACCAGACUUACUGCACAUCAAGAACUUGUUUACCACUAAAUAUGGGAAGGACUUUAUCUCUGCAGUAUCUGAACUUCGUCCUGAUUCAGGCGUGAACCGCACAAUAAUUGAAAAGCUUUCAGUUCAUGCUCCAUCUGGAGAGGUAAAACUCAAGGUCUUGACAGAUAUUGCAGAAGAAUACAAUCUAGCAUGGGAUUCUUCUAAAACUGCAGCAGAAUUUAGGAAAAAUCAUGAAGAUCUCCUGGGUGGAACAAAGCAAGUUAGUGCUGGAGCUGCAGUUUCUCAUGCUCCCAGCAAAAACAGUUCUAAUAACUUGCCAGCUUAUAAUGCGGAACAUUCCACCAAAUCUACGCACAAUAAACAAUAUGAUCACAUUGAAGCUUCCAUUCCUUCUACCAAUAAUUCUUGGUUGAACACCAAUGAGAUUGAGCAGUCACACAAAAAUAACAACGUCCAAGCCAAAGAUGCCAAAAGUGAGACUAUAUUUCAAUCUUCUGAUAUAUUAGAGAAGGCUCGGGCCGCUAUUGCUUCUGCAAAUCGUGCAACUGCGGCUGCCCGUGCUGCUGCUUCACUUGUACAAACUAACUUUGGAUCAUUGAAGGUGGAAGGUGAAUCUUCAUAGUUCUCUAAAAAAUCGAUGAACUUUGAUUGGUUUCUCAAGGUUGGAACAUCGUUAAGACCUUAAUGCGAUAUUUAUUGUACAUUCUAUAUACAUUCUAUACAUGAAUAUUAUCGUUCAUGCAUUGAAAGAUGUUAACGCAAGUAUGUAUGUAAAUUUUUUAUAUUGGUUAUAUCGUUUACACAA